AUGAGAGCUUUAACAAAGCAAGAGUCUCUGUUUUUCACCAUUUUGUGCCUCAACAGUUUACUUACUCUCUCCCCAAUUGCCAGCUUAGAAGACGACUUAUCUUUCACUCCAGAUAUAUUGGUCGAAGGAAACAUGACCAUUGUCUCCCCCUGUGAAGUCUUUGAGUUGGGUUUCUUCAAGCCAGGCAAUACUUCAGGCUGGUACUUGGGGAUCUGGUACAAAAAUGUCCAAAACAGAACAGUUGUUUGGGUGGCCAACAGAGACACCCCACUUUCAAAUUCAUCAGGAGCUCUUUUGAUGACUGGUGAUCAUGGAAACAUUGUCCUUCUUGAUCCAUCUAGAAAUGUCACUUGGUCCUCCAAUCACACCCAAGUUUUGAGACCAAAUGUCCUUCUUUUGGAUACAGGCAAUCUUGUGAUCAAAGAAGGAACCGAAAACAGCCAAACAUUUUUCUGGCAGAGCUUUGAUUAUCCCACACACAUUCUGCUUCCGGAUAUGAAGCUUGGAUGGAACUUGAGCACAGGUUUAAACAGGUACUUGACCUCGUGGAAAAGCUCAGAGGACCCAUCAACAGGGGACUUUUCUAUCAAACUAGAUUACCAUGGCUUCCCGGAGAUUUUCCUUUGGGACAAACAUGUUAAAAACUUUCGAACCGGCCCCUGGAAUGGGAUGAUAUUUAGUGGUGUGCCGGAAAUGUGUGCUUCAAAGCAUGGUGUUGAUUUCAACUUCGUUACGAAACAAGAUGAGGUCUACUACUCGUUUUCGUUACAGAACAAAUUGGAACUUGAAUAUUCAGGCUUGACAGUGAGUCCAAAUGGGGACGUUCAACAGAUUACAUGGGUUGAGAGCACAAAGAUGUGGAAUAUAUUUCAGUAUCCCCCAAAGGACCAAUGUGACAGCUAUGGAGAGUGUGGUCCAUUUGGUAUUUGUGACACAAAUGCUUCACUUGUGUGUAAAUGUGUGAGGGGGUUUCAGCCUAAGAAUUUGGAGGCUUGGAAUUUGGGAAAUGGGUUUGAUGGGUGUGUGAGAAAACGAGAAUUGAGAUGCACGAAAGACAAGUUCUUGAGGUUGAGGAGUGUGAAAUUGCCUGAGAGUGGGGGUGCAUUUGUGGAUGGGGACAUGAGCCUUGAGGCAUGUAAAGAGAAGUGUUUGGAGAACUGUUCUUGCAGUGCUUAUUGUAACAUGGAGAUUACAAAUGGAGGGAGAGGUUGCGUCAUGUGGUUCGGGGAGCUAAUGGACAUGAGGGUAUAUGCAGAUGGUGGCCAAGAUCUCUAUGUUCGAUUGGCACCGUCUGAAAUAGGCGGUGAUGGGAAGGAAACACUAGCAGUCAUAAUUGUAGUCGCUAUAGUUGGUCUUGUCAUUCUUCUAGCAGGACUUGGUUUCUACAUUGUAUGGAAGAGGAAUUUGCGUAUUAGCCGCAAUGCAAGGACACAACCAAAAGGUCCUUAUGGAAGAAGCCAAGUUCUUCUGCUAAAUGAGGUUGUUUUCACAAGUAAGGACUUCUACUCAGGGGAAAGGAUCAAUGAUGAGCCAGAGUUGGCAUUGAUUGAUUUCAGCACUGUAGCAGUGGCUACUAAUAACUUUUCUGAUGAAAAUCUACUCGGAGAAGGUGGUUUCGGUUAUGUUUACAAGGGGACAUUGACAGAAGGUCAAGAAAUUGCUGUCAAGAGACUUUCAAAAAACUCUGGACAAGGAACUGAAGAAUUCAAAAACGAAUUGAAGUUAAUUGCAAGGCUUCAGCACAUAAAUCUUGUUAGACUGCUUGCUUGCUGCAUUGAUAAGGAUGAACAGAUGCUGAUUUAUGAAUACAUGGAAAACAAAAGCCUGGAUACCUUUUUAUUCAGUGGAGAAAAAAGGUCUACGUUGGAUUGGCAAAAGCGUUACAACAUUAUUUGUGGUAUUGCUCGAGGACUUGUUUACCUUCACCAGGAUUCAAGAUUUAGAAUCAUCCAUAGGGAUCUCAAGGCAAGCAAUAUUUUACUUGAUGGAGAAUUCACCCCAAAGAUAUCAGACUUUGGAAUGGCUAGAAUAUUUGGUAAAGAUCAGAACGAAUCUCAUACAAGAAGAGUAGUAGGAACAUAUGGCUAUAUGUCUCCUGAAUAUGCAAUGGACGGGUUCUUCUCAACCAAGUCAGAUGUCUUUAGUUUUGGUGUUCUAGUGUUGGAGAUUAUUAGUGGCAAAAUGAACAAGGGAUUUUUUAAUUAUUCAGACAAUAAACCAAACCUCCUAGACUGUGCUUGGAAGCAAUGGAAAGAAGGAAAGGGGUUGGAGAUAGUAGAUUCAUCACUUGGGAAUUCAUAUUGCCCCUCUGAGGUGUUGAGAUGCAUUCAAGUUGGCCUUUUAUGCGUCCAAGAGCACGUGGUAGAUAGGCCUACAAUGUCCUCUGUGGUUUUCAUGUUGAGCAGUCCAGAUGCAACAAUGCCCCAGCCUAAAACCCCUGGUUUUUGCCUGGGAAGGAACCCUGCAGGUCAAACAGACUCAUCUUCAAGCAAGUUGGAAGGAUCUUGCACUAUAGACCAAGUAACAAUCGCAGUGUUAGACGGUAGGUAG